UUCCCUCUAUCGAUCUUCACGGCCCUGUUUCUUUUUCGAUCCCUCUCCCACAAAAUUAGGGUUUACAAAACACACACUUUCUUUCUUCCUUUCUUCUUCCCUCUUUCCGCCAUCUCCGAUUUUAUGUCCCCAUCACCGAACCCUCUAUUUCAGCUAUUUCCAGAUCCAUCCUCCUUCUGCUUCAGCUCAAUCUUCUCCUUCUGCUUCUAGACAGACAUGUUUUGGAAGCUCGCUUCUCUCUCUUCCUCCUCUCCCGUGGAGGCAAUAUUAGACAAGGAGAAUUUCACUUUGGAAGAGCUUCUUGAUGAAGAGGAGGUGAUCCAAGAAUGCAAGGCCUUAAACAGUCGACUCAUCAACUUUCUGAGAGAUCGGGCUCAGGUUGAACAGUUGUUACGCUACAUUAUUGAAGAACCACCAGAAGAUGCUGAAAGCAAACGAACCUUCAAGUUUCCAUUCAUUUCGUGCGAGAUUUUUACAUGUGAAAUUGACGUCAUUUUAAAGACCUUGGUGGAGGAAGAAGAGCUGAUGAACUUAUUAUUCUCCUUCUUGGAGCCUAAUCGUUCUCAUAGCACCUUGUUGGCUGGCUACUUUAGCAAGGUGGUUGUUUGUUUAAUGAUUCGAAAGACAGUGCCACUUAUGAAUUAUGUUCAGGCCCAUCAGAAUGUUUUUCGCCAACUGGUUGAUUUAAUUGGAAUUACUUCCAUUAUGGAGGUUUUGAUUCGAUUAGUUGGUGCUGAUGAUCAUGUGUAUCCCAAUUUUAUUGAUGUGAUGCAAUGGUUGGCUGACAGCAACCUGCUUGAAAUGAUUGUAGAUAAAUUAAGUCCAUCUUGUCCUCCUGAACUUAAUGCUAAUGCAGCUGAAACUUUAUGUUCAAUAACUCGAAAUCCAUCAUCUACUUUAGCAAUUAAACUUUCAAGCCCAAGUUUUGUUGCAAAAAUCUUGGAUCGUGCAUUGGAAGAUUCACAGUCAAAGUCUAGCCUUGUUAACUGCCUUUCAGUGUGUAUUUCCUUGUUGGAUCCCAAAAGAUCAGCUAUUUCAGCCCCCUUAUUUCAUUCAUUCCGGAGUCAACACAUGUAUGAGCCACCAAUUCCUGUGAACCCCGAGACUGUUGGUGCAAUGCUUGCUAAACUUGGUGAUUUGCUAAGGCUUUUGAAAGUAUCAUCUGACGAAAAAAUAUUGCCUACAACAUAUGGAGUAUUGCGACCUCCACUCGGGAAGCAUCGAUUAAAGAUCGUUGAGUUUAUGGCAGUAAUUUUGAAAACUGGAAAUGAAGUUGCAGAAAAUGAAAUGGCCAACUCAGGAACCAUUCAAAGAGUUAUUGAUCUUUUCUUUGAGUAUCCAUUCAAUAACUUACUACACCAUCAUGUAGAAAGUAUCAUAUUGUCAUGUUUGGAGAGCAGAAAUGAUGCAAUUGUUGAUCAUCUUCUUCACGAGUGUGAUUUAAUUGGAAGAGUUAUUAGUGCGGAUAAAGAUUCUAUUCUCUCUGCUGACAAAAAUUUGCCUACUGUACCUGCUACUGGGAAACGGGCACCACGCGUGGGAAAUAUUGGGCAUAGUACUCGAGUUGCUAACAAGCUUAUUCACUUAUCACAUAAUCGAAGCAACAUACUUUCAUGUCUUCAGGAAAAUAAUGAGUGGAAUGAAUGGCAAGCUAAAGUUCUUCAGGAACGUAAUGUGGUUGAGAAUGUUCAUCGGUGGGCUUGUGGGCGUCCAACUGCUUUACAUGAUAGGAUGAGGGAUAGUGAUGAUGAUGACAUUCAUGACAGGGACUAUGACGUUGCAGCUUUAGCAACUAAUUUGAAUCAGGCUUUUGGAUAUAAAAUUUAUGGAACUGAGGAUAAUGAAGAGGAAAAUAACGGCAUUGAGCGAGAUGAUGAGGAUGUCUACUUUGAUGAUGACUCUGCCCAAGUAGUCAUAUCGUCCCUAAGACUUGGUGAGGAUCAAGGAAGUAGUCUGUUCACCAACUCCAAUUGGUUUGCAUUCCAAGAUGACAGAAUUGGGGAUGCAGCUGGUGGUGCAACAUCCUCAGAGAUGAUGGAUGACAUAAACCUGAGUGGUGCUACAAAUGGUGGCAACAAUAGUAGCGAUGACGAGGUAGUGGUUGGUGAAGAUGAAGAAUUAGAAGAAAGCAAAAGUAACGUGGAUGGUACAUCUAGCUCAAGUAUGAACUACUUGAAUGGAUUAAAUGUUAGCAAUUCCAUGAAUGGAAGUGAAGGUGCUUUGAACUUUGAUGGUGAAAAGGCAAGUGCAUCCCAUGAUAUGGGAUUCUUCAGGUUUGAGGCAACGGACAAUGAGUUGUUUGGGGACAGACCUGAGUGGGGGGGAUGGGGUGAACCUUCCAAUAUGCAAGUUGUUUGCUCAAGCUCAAGCACAAAUCCCUUUGUGGACCACGAUGAGACUGAUAGCAACCUUUCUACUAAAACUCAAGCGGGCAGCCCUUCUCCUAGUUCCCCUGCCAACGGAGAAUCUCUUCCUUCAAAUGGAUCGCCAGCUACCAAUGAUUCGAUUGAAGAGGGUGUUGACGCAAGUCAAAGAUCAGCAGCAGUACCCUCUCUAUUUGAAGAGGAUGUUGAAUUUGUAGGUGUAGAAGUAGAAGGUACCGAGAAAGCUAUGGAUCAAGCUCUGAAAGAAGGGAUAGUGGGGGAAGCAGGGCCAUUAAAGAACAUGGUUCCUAAAAAGUCAGAAAAGGAGAACUCUGAAGAGGGUGGCCCUGGAAUGAAGGAAUUUAAUGAUGCAAAUUACUGGAGGGUUGAUCAAGAGGUCGCAGUUCUGGAGUGAUGGUGGAAAUCUGUCUUCAAUGUGUAUGAAAAGUUUGAUCUACACCACUGGACCUCACAAGCAAGGGCGUAUGCAGCAAUUACUGUACAGUAUAUUUUUGUUUCAAUUAUGUCCUGUUGUUUUGUAUUUUACCUUUUUUUUUUACUUGUCAUCGCUUAUUAUUAGAUAUUAAUCCUUGUUAAUUAUUUGAAGUUUUGCCCUUUCCUGUAAGUGAUAUAUGGGUUCCCACUUCCCCAUAUUUAUCGAAUUUCAUUUAGUCUGGUCCUGGUUCCAUGUUGAUUAUGAUGGUGCUCAUAUUUCUUGUAGCUUAUAGAUUGAAAAUGCUUCAAUGAGACAAGGACCAUAUACCUUCCCUAUUCUCUUUAAUGUAAAUUACGAAUCAAUGUAUUUGUAGACAAAAUAUUUA